CCGAUUAAUAUUAAUCAAUCAAUAAUUUUUAGUUAAAAUGCUCGGAGAAAAUGAUCAUAAUAACAGUUUUCAAAACGAUACGUCCAAAGACGAAUUUAAAACGGAAGAUAUCUUAGAAUUGAGUAAUAUAUCGGAAGAAAAAGUUGUAAAAUAUAUGGGGCAACGUUAUCUAGAAAGGAAAUUUUAUACUUGGGCUGGCCAAACUUUGGUGGCUGUCCAUCCCUUUGAAGAAAACAGCGGGUGCGAGAAUGCUGACAGUAGAAAACCGUCAGUAAAUGCAGUGAUUUCGAGGGUCUGGUUCAGAUUAACGAACGAAAUCGGAAAUGCUAACCAAGCGAUUGUUAUUUCCGGUGACAGCGGGUCCGGGAAAACGUUUUCCGCCUGCCUGGCGAUUAAACACAUUGCCGACAAGCAGAGUUACGCACAGGGGAAUCCCUCGUGUUCUGUCUUGUGGCAAACGUGGUGUUCGGUACCAUUACUAACAGCAUUUGGGAAUGCUGCUACUGGGUGCAAUAACAAUAGCUCUCGCUUUGGAAAAUUGAUGCAGUUACAAUAUGAAAACAAUCAAAUUGUAGGAGCGUUCAUUCAAACAUAUAUGUUGGAAAAAUCACGCGUUUCGUUUCAGAAUAAAGGCGAAGGAAAUNUUAAUA